AUGAAUUCAUUUACUAAUGUGUUAUUAUUGAAUUUUAAACCACUUUCAAAACGAUAUUUAAAAAUAAAUUCCAACGUAGUUUGGGAACUUAAAAAAAUAAUACAUAACAAACUAAAAAUUGGUGUUAGUAAACAAAUCAUUUCCUAUAAAAAUAAAAUAUUAUCUAAUAAAGAAAAUACAAAAAAGUAUAAAUUUGUUAUUUUAAAAUUGAAAAAAUAA